UUGUAAAUCAAUUGAAAUGAUUCUCCAGCUGGCGCUUAUCGUGCAGUUCUCCCUGGGAUUUGGCCAGGAGACUGGCUCCCUGCGAAUAAUGAAUGGCACAGCGGCCAAGGCGAAGCAGUUGCCUUACCAGGUUGGACUACUCUGCUACUUCGAGGGAUCCAAGGAUGAGCCCAAUAUGUGCGGGGGCACUAUCCUCAGUAAUCGUUGGAUUAUAACCGCAGCCCAUUGUCUGCAGGAUCCAAAGUCUAAUCUCUGGAAAGUGCUGAUCCACGUGGGAAAGGUGAAAUCCUUUGAUGAUAAAGAAAUCGUGGUCAACCGGAGCUACACCAUUGUCCACAAGAAGUUCGACCGUAAGACCGUGACAAACGAUAUAGCCCUGAUCAAAUUGCCCAAGAAGCUUAAAUUCAACAAGUAUAUCCAACCUGCAAAGUUGCCGAGUGCCAAGAAAACAUACACGGGUCGCAAAGCCAUCAUUUCGGGUUGGGGUCUGACUACCAAGCAACUGCCCAGCCAGGUGCUCCAGUACAUCCGGGCGCCCAUCAUCUCGAACAAGGAGUGCGAGAGGCAGUGGAACAAGCAGCUGGGCGGCAAAAGCAAGAAGGUCGUGCACAAUAGCUUCAUCUGCAUCGAUUCCAAGAAGGGUCUGCCAUGUCGCGGCGACUCCGGAGGUCCGAUGGUCCUGGACGAUGGCACCAGAACGCUGGUGGGCAUUGUAUCUCACGGAUUCGAUGGCGAGUGCAAGCUGAAGCUGCCCGACAUAUCCACCCGUGUUUCUGCCUACCUCAAGUGGAUUAAAUACUACUCCGGGGGACUUAAGUAGCUGAUGUGGAAUCAUUAAAAAUCGAAUCUCUUUUCAAA